AUGGCACACAAACAUUCGCUUGAGGCGUUGAACAGGACAUUGAAAGAUAUAAUAAACAAUGACAAAUUAUUUGGCGGCAGUUCAGGUGAUUUCAGACAAACACUUCCUGUCAUUCCGCGUUCAACGUACGCUGAUGAGAUCAAUGCUUGCUUGAAAUCAUCUCCACUGUGGUAUAAUGUUGAAAAAGUUCAACUAACAGUAAAUAUGCGAGUCCAAAUGCUUCAGGAUCCAUCUGCUGAAACAUUCUCAAAACAAUUGCUAGAUAUCGGUGAUGGAAAAGUUACCAAGGAUGAGACAGGAUGCAUAAAAUUACCGGAGGAUUUCUGCACAAUCAUUGAUUCAAAAGAUGCUCUCAUUAACCUUAUAUUUCCCGAUUUACACACGCAAUACAUUAAUCAUGAGUGGCUUGCAGAAAGGGCGAUUUUAGCAGCAAAAAAUGUGGACGUCAACGAAUUGAAUCUGAAAAUACAACAGUUAUUGCCAGGUAACAUGGUGACAUACAAAUCCGUUGAUGCAGUUUGCGAUCCUAUGGAAGCUGCAUAUUUUCCAACAGAGUUUUUAAAUUCAUUGGAUUUACCAGGCAUGCCACCGCAUAAUUUAGUACUUAAAGUUGGAUCUCCUGUUAUUUUGCUUCAUAUCAAAGCUUCAUUCCCUAAAUCUUCAUUAGAAUUCUGUCUAGAGACGUGUCUUUUUUUAUCUCUUGAAGAACUUAGAGUUAAGAAAUGA